GUGAAGGGGAGGCGGGUGACCGCUCGCGGUCGCCGCCGGCGGCCGAUCCAUUUGGCAGGCUGGCCCCUGCCUCCGCUUUGAUGCCGAGCGGGCCCCAAGCGGGAGCCGCGCGCGCGGGCGACGACAACAACCUCAGCGACCUCAUCGAGAAGGAGCUUAAGGAUUACAUGAAUUCCGACCUGAAGACCUCCAUCAAGAAGGCCAGCACGACCCUGGCCGCCAAAAUCGAGAGCCUCCAGAAGACCAACGCCCGCAAGACCAAGCUCGAGGCCGAGCUGCAGUCCCUGCGGGGCGGCACGAUCCCAGCCGGCGUGAAGCCGGCAAACUUCGGGUUCGAGACCGACCUCCUGGACACCGUCACGCUCCAGGACACGAGCUACGACAUCCGCUUCGACAGCGGGUGCACCAUCCGCGACGCCAAGCGCAAGCUUCACAUCUUCUACCUGGAGAAGUGCAGGGAGCUGGACCUGCGCGUCGUGGAGGAGCAGCGGACGCGCCUCCGGCAAUACACAAGGAAGGACAACUUCAUCGACCGCCUGCUGGCCGAGAGAACCUCCAUUGACAGCGGAUGGAACACCCUGGACUUGGACUUGGAGGUCGGCGACGGCCCGCACGGCGUCUCAGAGAGCUCCCUGCGCGCGAAGGGCGAGGCCAUCUACACGAAGCUCGUGGACCGAGCUGUGAAGGCCAAGAAGAUGGAGGAGGAGAAGCGGAAGCAAGCGGAAAACAGGCAACUCAAGGUGGCCACGGCCCUCCUGGAGAAGAAACCGGCCGACCACCUGAGCACUGCCAUCGAUUUGAAGCUGAGAGAGGCCUUGAGAAAGCGAACGGACGGAUCUUCGAGCGCUUCAGGCGCCAAUGCCCACCUGGAGGCGUCCAUCCGGCAGCUCCAGAAAGGUGACAACAUUCAGCCCAGCGACCUGGCAGACGUCAUUGCAAAAAACUCCUUGGCCCCCGCCUCGAGCGGGGGCGUGGGGGCUGGCAAAAGCAAAGCCAAAGGCAAAAACAAGACAGUCGGAAAGGGCAAGGCCGGCGGCAAAGGCAAAGACAAGCCGCCCUCGACUCCCUCGCAGCCGCCUGGCAAGGGCUCGAGCAAAGGCAAAGACAAGUGGAAAGCCUCGAGCAAAGGCAAAGCCAAAGACCUGGUGGCAAUGAAGUUCCUCACCCUGUGCAGCGCGAUGUCGCCCGCUGACCUCGCCGUCCUGUUCGACACAGGGCGCGGCAAGCCUGGGUGGUACAUGGCGGACUUGACCCAGAGG